CAUCGAACUUGUCUUUUGCAAAAACACCCAAAAUUCAUCACUCACAAAAAAAGUUGCAAAGGAACAAGUCAAAUCAAUUCCUCCAGCAACACCGUCACCAUGCCUAACAACCGAGUGACCUACCGCCGUCGUAACCCCUACAACACCACCUCCAACAAGACCCGAGUCGUCAAGACUCCAGGUGGUGAACUACGAGCACUUCACAUCAAGAAGCGAGGAACUGCCCCGAAAUGCGGUGACUGUGGCGUCAAGCUCCCUGGCGUUCCUGCCCUCCGACCUCGUGAAUACUCUCAGAUCUCCCACCCCAAGAAGACAGUGCAGCGAGCCUACGGCGGUUCUCGAUGCGGCAACUGCGUACGAGACAGAAUCGUCCGAGCAUUCUUGAUUGAGGAGCAAAAGAUCGUGAAGAAGGUGCUAAAGGAACAGAGCGAGGGUUCUAAGAAGAAAUAAACCCGUUACGCGACUCUGGGAUGGAAUGGUUAGGCCUUCAUUGAUUCGGGUGUUCAGAGGUCAGGGCUGCAUUCAUGCGAACGGCUAGUCAAAAGCUGUUUCUGUUUCUGGGACUUCUCAUGGCUUAGAUGAUCGUAACGGAAUAAACGACAUCAGAACUACCACUACGCUCUUGGCAGUUUUCGUAUCCUCGCCUUGUGACAAGAGUAUCUCAAUCUACCGAUCUAGGUGUCUCCCUAGUAGGUAAUAGUCACGGCAACAUACAUUCCAGGGAAUUCCUACUUUUCCCUGGACGUAGUGACUGUAGACUCUGUAACCUAACAAGUGAGAUUUACACUCAGUCAUAUCUAGACAAUGAGACAGACACCUUAAAUCGCUAGAAAGCCUAUGGUAUAAUAGUCGACUUACUCUAAUUUGAUGCAA